CAUUUCAAUAUUAGCUUUGGAAGCAUAAAGUACCGCAACUGAGAAUUAAUAGAAUUUUAAUAAAAAAAUUUAAUGAUAAAAAGUGAUUUUUUUUUGAUUUGACCAAGAUGUUGCCACAACAGAGAAAAGUUUUGAGGCAACACACUCGUCAGAAUCAGACGAAUUUGAAUACUGGCCAGCAAUCCUCACGACGUUCCAGUGGCCGGAUCAACAACAACAAUCAUCUGCUGCAUCAUCAUCACAAGAUGAGUAAUGUCCAAGGAUCCAAGGCAGAUCCCAUCUCGUUGAGUUUUCACGAUGCAUGUCUUCGGAUGUCGGAUGUUCAGCUGUUGCAGGGACCUCAUUGGCUGAAUGAUCAGAUAUUGAGUUUCUACUAUGAGUACCUGACCCAUGUCAAGUAUAAAUCCAAUUCGGAUCUGUAUUUUAUAGCGCCGGAGGUGACGCAGUGUAUGAAAUAUAUGGAUGAACAGGAAUUGAAUCAACUGCUCGGGCAGAACGAUGCCGCCACAAAGCCAUUUAUCUUCUUUGUCCUGAAUGACAAUGAAACUACGGAAGCAGGUGGCACUCAUUGGUCUUUGCUGGUCUUUUCCCGACCCGAGAAAACGUUCUAUCAUUUUGACUCGUAUGGAAACAAUAAUACGAGCAACUCCAUGGAAUUGAUGCAUAAAUUGAAAGGUGUCUUGGGUGUACGUCAGGCUCGAUUUAAGCCCAUGCGAUGUCUUCAACAAACAAAUAACUAUGAUUGUGGUAUCCAUGUCAUCUGCAUGACCGAUCUCAUUUCCGACUACUUAAAUCGGUAUGAAGUGAUAGUGGGUCUGCCAUCUCUACAUAUCGAUACGGUUAAGGCUAAGCGAACAGAGCUCUUGAAACUAAUUCUUUCGCUUGGCGGCAAGAGUUAAAUAACAUGGAGCCGCUCUUGUUCCAGUUUUUGUAGUUUUAGGUAAACACACACACAAAGAGAUAUAUAUAUGUAUGGAGAUAAAUUGAGAAUGAAUUUGAUAUUCAUAAUUUUAAUGUGUUUAGUGUCACACGCGUCUUUCCCCCACUACCCAGUGCCAGGCACACAAUAAUUACAACAACAAAUUGUCCAGUAAUUAAACCCCCAUGUUUUGCAUUAUAGAAUAAAAUAAAAGUAAGAAAAACAAUUGAUUAUCGCAAA